AUGACAGCUGAUGGUACGGCAAAGUUUGAUGGACGUUACGAUCUGCCAAGUACGGUGAGGCAGCGAUUACCAACAGGCGACAUUUCAGUAUCUAAAAAGCAACUUCAGAAGUUCCUGCGUGAGCUUGCAAAGCGCAUGAAUCUUCCGAACGAAACUGUAAAGGAAGCAAAGGAUUUUCUCUUAACCAUUGUAACAUCAAAAAUUAAAUCAGGAGAAAUUCGACACAUAAGUCGUCACAGAGACAUUCUUACUGCGAGUUGUCUGUUCAUCGUUUGCAGGAGGAAUCACUUGCAGAUAAACUACAGACGUAUGGCGGAGAUCUCGCAGUGUAACAUGUUUAGUCUCGGUAGAUCGGUGAAAAUCAUUUUAAAAGCUCUUGAUCUUCACCUGGAGCCGAUUGGAACUGAGUCGUCGCUGGUGCGUGUUCUUGCACAGUUAGACACUGAAGAUAAGUCUGCUGAGAAAACCUAAUUUGAUUUGUGUCACAUUUUUAAGCACUUCAGUCUGGCCGGCGAGAGAAAUCACUUCGCCUCUGCUAUGGCUGUGGUUCUUAUCGUACUAGAAGGUAAAAAAAAUUACUCCGCGUAAAGAAAAGAUCGUGGAAGUUUUAGACAAAAAUUCUGUGACAGAUGCCCUGCUGAAAUCACAAAUGAAGAAUACCAGAAGGGGUUUGGUUGAACUGGCAAAAGAUGUACCCUGGAUUCCAAAAUCGCAUAAGAACACUGCCAUUGCUAGAUGUAUUGAUGACAUUGUUGAUUUUCACAAAAACUGCGUAAAGAUGUAUUUGUCUACAGUUAAGUGUUUGUAUAUGAAGAGGAAAUAA